AUGCAUGCUACCAGGGAACUCGAAAUCUGGUAUCCCCCAAUCGUGCGAGUGGAGCCGAGGAAUAUAACAGUAAUAGAAGGGGCCAAGUUACUUCUCAAAUGCGAAUACGAAAGCAAUCCGUCCUCAUUGAAAAGUGUCAUUUGGUACCGCAACGGCGAACGCGUGCCAGUACAGAACACCAGUCACUAUGAAGGUGGAACUACGGACCAGCACAGCCUCAUCAUCCUGGAUGCUAAUGGAGGAGACAUGGGCAACUACACCUGUGUCCUGGGCAAUGCAGUGGGCAAUGGAUCCAGUGAAGAGAGUAUUGAUGUUAACGUUUUGUUCAAACCUCAAGUCCGAUUGACAAUGAGCUCUCCAAGCCCGAUCUUGGAGACGGACCAUAAGAAUGUGACCUUGACCUGCGAAGUGGUGUCAGGAAACCCUCCUAUUCUGGAUGAAGUCAUCUGGUUUCUUGAUGGAGAGGUCCUGAAACAUCUGCCUGAAUGCAACGAUACUGAAGGCGAAGAGAACCUCUGCAACGAAGUAGAUCCUUCGAUGCUGUUACUCCAAGAUACGACGAAGAGUUUCCACGGGAACUACUCCUGCAAGGGCAAGAACUAUGCUGGUUGGGGCAACGUCAGUGCCAAGACUGAACUGGUUGUCAAUUAUCCUCCUGGGCCAGCUAAGCUGUCAUACUCUCCGUGGCGUGUGGUGAAAGGCAAGAGUUUGGUGCUCAGCUGCAGCAUCAAGGAGCGAGGACGACCUGAAGCUCAUAGAUUCCGUUGGACCCGCGGCGGUAGGCCAGUAAGUGACAUCGUGUCCCAGAACUGGACGAUAGACCCCGUGACCUUGGACCAUAGGACCAACUUCUCCUGCUGGGGUAUCAAUGCUGGCGGUGGGGGAGAACCUGCCUACACUUCUAUUGAUGUACUUGCUCCACCAAGUUUCAAAUACGCGAUGAACCACUACAGUGGCGCUUUGUAUAAAUCUCAAAAUAUUUCCCUAUCCUGUACGGUGGAAUGCGCACCACUAUGCAGCGUGCAAUGGCUGAAGGACGGUCAUGUAAUAGACCCGGAGAAGACGGACAGAUACUACGUGGUGGAGAGAAAGAUUGAGCCACAAGUCAAUAGGAAUGAUUUCGAAGCUACUGAGUCUACUUUGCACUGGAACAUGUCAGCCUGGCCGUCACAUGCAUUAGACCGAGCUGCAGAUACUGCCAGCUACACUUGCAGGUCUUCCAGGAACCUGGCAGGACCACCUGUGAACAGCACCACUAAAUUUGCCGUGGAAUAUGAACCAGAAAAUAUAACUGUAACACCUGAAGUCGUACAAGUCACUGAAAAUGAAAUCCCAGCUAAAGUAGUGUGUGCUGCAAGAGGUUUCCCCAUGCCCUCUUAUACGUGGCGUCGUGAACAACCAAGCAAAGUAUCUGCGAAGGAAAACAGCAACAAUUCCCUGAUCCUCUCAUCUUCAAACACGUUACUGUUGGGGCCAGUCCAAAGAAAGGAUGGAGGGAACUACACCUGUGAAGCUUACAAUAGACACGGAUCAGUCAGCACCCCUGUUUUCCUUGAUGUCAUGUAUGUUCCUGAAUGUGGCAUUAAACAAUCUGAGAUAGAUGGAGUUCAAGUAUUGGUCUGCACAGCACAUGCCAAUCCUUCAACGGUAUCAUUCUUCUGGAAGCUAAAGAAUGACAAUGACAGCCUGACAGACGAGAAGAUUUGGCAGCAAGGAGCUCAGAGCUUCUUAAGACUGAGUACCAGCGUGGAUGUGUACAGGACGUACCUGUGCUACGCCAACAACUCCGUUGGAAUGUCACGACCUUGUGAACGAGACGUCAUGGGUAAUAAGGUAUGGUGGCGUGACCAGCAAAAGAUGUUUCUCAUUGGAGGGAUUGCUCUCGCCAUUUUGGUGAUCACCGUCAUCCUCUGCAUCAUUAUCAUCUGCAUCUGCCGGCGUAUGAGGGCCAAGUCCAAAUGCCCACCUUCGAAUGGCGUAGAUAAUGCAGCAAACGGCAACCUUGGAACGGACAACCCAGGCCUCUACGAGAACCUGCCGUUCCAUGGGCUACAACAACCUCCCAAUAAGAAUACUAACAUACUCCAACAACAGUACAUGCAAAAACGUAAUCACUUCACAAAUUUAAGCAACAAAGGGAAGAACAAGAAAAAUUUUCAAAUACCUCUUCAAAAACAUCAUAGCUUUUGUUAUUUUCAACCAAUAAGGGUCGAUAAAAGAAUCCCAGUUGAUCAGGAGAGGUCUUACAAUAACACGAUAGGGCCUUUAAUCUACCAGCCAUCAGAAGCACAAUACUACACGAAAACAUUAAACAGGACGAGAGAAAAGAAUAGUCAGAAACUGAAUCGUUUGAAAAAAUCUGAAAGUUUAAGAGAAAAACUCUCCUGUGUCGGGGUGUACGAUAAUUAUCAAAAACCAGAUUACCCUGAGCCUGAAUAUAAUGAAUCAGAAAGGAAAUCAUACUUGCAGUUACUUAAAGGCAACUACAUAUCAAAUUCAACGAGAAAUUUGGGUCCGGAGAAUUUUAGCUCGAAUUAUUCGGGUCCAAAGGAUGAUAAGCCUAAACAAAAAAAGUUAGUGUACGCUGAUUUAGCCUUAGGUAACCAUAAUAUGAAGUUUAAGAACACUGUCAAUUCUAAUAGACAUUUGUAUGAUACGUAUACAGUAGGUUCAGAUAGUGCUAACAAAGAUACUAACUCUAGUUAUAAGAAUACGUCUAGUGCUCAGAGGAAAGGUCACGCGCAGCCUAGGAGUGACUAUGCAACUCUGAAAUUUAAUGAGAUUGAUGUCUGA